AUGGCCCAGCGAUGGUUCCACAAUCUGAGAAAUAAUUCUAUAUACUCAUACGAUGAUCUUCACCUCAUGUUCAUGAGACAGUUUGCCAGCGCAAAGCGGGUGGGGAAAACACCAAUUUCCUUGAUGGACAUCAGGCAGGAACCACAAGAAACACUUCGUGAAUAUGUGGCACGAUUCAACACAAUCGCGUUAGACAUACCAGACGCCGAAUCUCAGAUUAAGUGGUAUGCUUUCGCUAGAGGGUUGAAACAAGGCCCACUCUUUGAGGCACUCCAGAUCAAGCCGCCCACCAGUUUCGAAGACAUCAUGACAAUAAUACCGGGAUACCUCCAACUGGAAGACGCUAAAAUGGCAAGAAAGGCAGAGGCCGAUAAGCUCAAGCCUAAGAAGCAAGACAAUGUAGAUGCUGGAGAAAAAUACAUCCCGAGGAAUCCCUACCGAGGUCUACCUCCCAGAAUCCCAACGAUGGCCAUCGAAGCUGGAACAGGUUCAUUAAUCACGGCGCAGACAGAGAAGAGGGAAGAGCGAGGGGGUUACAGAGAUGAUUUGCAAAAUCCAACUCAAUGGAAUCGUCACAUAGACGAAAUUUUCCACCAGAUCAAAGAAGAGAAUUAUUUCAGAGCUCCAAAAGAUUACCAACCCGGAGCCCCAGCCCCAGGCAGGAACAAUUUGUUAUGUGAAUAUCACAACCGUUACGGUCAUCUCACCCGCGAAUGCGGACAUUUGAAGCAUCAACUAGAAAUUUUGGUCAGGAAGGGGUUCCUGGAUCAAUACAUAGAAAGACCACGAGGCUCAUAUAGAGAGAACCGUUACGAUGAACGUAGGGAGGAUGAGCGGCGCCGGCGGGAUGGCACCCGCCGCGACCAUGAUGACAGAGAAAGAAGACACAUACAUGAGGAGAGAAGGGAAAAAAGAAAUCAUAGGCAAGACAGCCAGGAUAGACACAACCCCGCAAACCACGCCCAGUAUGACAGAGAGGUACACAUGAUUACAGGAGAAAAUAAUAUACCAACAUCUAACAGGGCCAAAAAACAAUUGGCCCGCACGGUUAGAUCUGGAUACUAUGACAAAGCUGUCAUGACAAUCAACACCGCGCCCGAUGAACCGAUAAUAUCCUUCGGACCAAAGGAUGCUAGGUCUUUAUUCUAUCCUCAUGACGACGCCUUGGUAUUCUCUGCCAAUGUGGCCAACGUAUUGGUACACCGCAUCUUUGUUGAUUCAGGCAGCGCCGUCAACAUCUUAUAUCUAGAGUGCUGGUAG